AAGAAAAGGAUGGUAUACGGUGAAUGCCGUCACGACUAGGGUGAAACAUCGCAAACGCCGGUCUAUCAUGCGAUGCAAAAUGGGUAGAACGAAGGAUUACCCUGCUCAAACUGCCAAGCUGAACUUGACAGACUACUACAUGGAGAAAGCGACACCCGAGGACGUCAGGGUGCUAGGAAAGGCCGACAUCCCAGAGAAACCAGAGCAGGAACACAAACGGGAAAAAUGGACGAAUAAGAUAGACUUCUUGCUGGCCUGUAUUGGUUUCAGUGUCGGGUUAGGGAAUGUCUGGAGGUUUCCUUACCUUUGCUACAAGAAUGGCGGAGGUGCGUUUCUUCUCCCGUACCUCAUAUGUGCCCUAAUAGGGGGCAUACCACUGUUUAUUUUGGAAGUUGCCCUUGGCCAAUUUAUGGGUAUAGGCGGCGUGGGGACGUGGAGUAUCUGCCCCCUGUUCAAAGGUAUCGGGUUUGCCUGCGCCAUCAUCGUCUUCCUAUUAAACUGCUACUACAAUGUGAUCCUCUGCUGGGCCUUCUACUACAUGUUUGCCAGUUUUACCUCUGUCUUACCCUGGUCCAGUUGUGAUAACCCUUGGAACACGGAGAACUGUUCAAUAGCCUACAAUAAAACAGCUAACGGAACUAGAAGUGGUGUGGAUCCGGUUAAUGAAUAUUGGGAAAACCGUGUCCUUGGCAUAUCGGGUGGUAUUGACGAGGUUGGGGAGAUCAGAUGGGACCUUGCUCUCUGUUUACUCCUGGCAUGGAUAGUGGUUUAUUUCUGCAUAUGGAAAGGAAUCAGAAGUUCAGGAAAGGUGAUGUACUUUACAGCAACAACACCCUAUAUUCUCAUGUUCACCCUUCUCAUCCGAGGGACUUUGCUAGACGGGGCAGUGGACGGCAUCAUAUACUACUUAAAGCCAGAGUGGAACAGAUUGUUGGACAUCGAGGUGUGGGUGGACGCGGGGACACAGAUAUUCUACUCGUAUUCUAUAGGCAUCGGGACACUCACGGCGCUGGGAAGUUACAACGAAUUUCAUCAUAAUUCAUAUAGAGAUUCCAUUAUAUUCGCCCUCACGAACAGUGGAACCAGUAUCCUUGCGGGGUUCGUUAUAUUUUCAGUCCUCGGCUUCAUGGCCAACGAACAAGGUGUUGCAAUCAAAGACGUCGCGGCCUCAGGUCCUGGUCUUGCCUUUAUAGCCUACCCAAAAGCAGUAGCACAGAUGCCGGUAGCACCUCUAUGGAGCGCCAUAUUCUUCUUCAUGGUGAUUCUUCUCGGCUUGGACAGUCAGUUCGUCGGCGUGGAGGGCUUCGUCACAGCCUGCGUGGAUGCGUUUCCUAAACUGCUCCGAAAAGGCCACAGAAAGGAAAUAUUCGUGGCUUUUGUUUGCCUGAUUUCAUAUUUUGUUGGACUAUCUAUGUGUACAAAUGGCGGGAUGUAUGUGUUCCAACUGUUUGACUACUACUCUGGAAGCAGAAUUGUCCUGUUGGUAGCUUUCUUUGAGUGCCUCGUCGUAGCUUGGAUAUACGGAAUUCGACGUUUCUAUGACAACUUAUUGAUGAUGUAUGGCUUCCGGAUAAACUAUUUCAUGUACGGCAUGUGGACAAUAGGAGCACCGCUCUUCUGCUUGGUCAUCUUUGUUCUUAGUUCCAUCAGCUAUUCAGAGUUGACAUACGACCGUAAGGGGAGGGGUAAAUACAUAUACCCUGACUGGGCCGUGGGGAUAGGGUGGGCCAUGGCCUGUGUCUCCGUCGUCUUCAUCCCUAUCACAAUGGCCUUUCAGACAAUCAAAACAGUUUGGAAAGGAAAGCCAUUAAGGACGCUGAUAGAACCCGAGGGUCUCCAGCCGCAUCAGCUCCGACCACAGGAUUACCCGCCGCAUGUGGAACCACGCGUAGGACGACCUAAUCCAGCCUACAGCAACAGCUCGAUAAACAAAAUGGAGAUGAAUGUGGUUUAUUGAAAGAUAUAUGAACGAUCAAUGACGAAAUCAGCAAGUCAAGGAUGACACUUUCGCCUCCGUCACGCACUGACCUUACGCCUUUUUGCCUCCAAGCGAACCGAGUAAAAUCAAAAUCGUAUGCUUCAAACUUCGAACUGUGGAAUAAUUUCAUUCAUCCUGAUCAAUCGAGCAGACGCAAAAUUGAGAUACAGUUACUAUGUGUUGAGGCAAUUCAGCCUGUUUUAAUGCAUCUGUUUCACAUACUAGUAUGGGCGGUUAUUUCCGCAUAAAUAGAGGUUGUCUCAAAUAGACAUUUUAUGUCGUGUUAUGACUCGAAUAGACGUUUGGUGGCGCUCGUUUUAACGGAGACGUACCUGAAAUAAACAUAUUGUGUCGUAUCUCAAAUAGACAUACACUCAAAUAGACGUUUGGUGGCGCUCGUAUCUCAAAUAAAGCGCCACCAAACGUCUAUUUGAGUGUAUGUCUAUUUGAAAAGCGCCACCAAACGUCUAUUUGAGUUAUACACAAAAAUCAGAAAACACGACAAUAUGUUUAUUUGAGAUACGAGCGCCACCAAACGUCUAUUUGAGUGUAUGUCUAUUUGAAAAGCGCCACCAAACGUCUAUUUGAGUUAUACACACAAAUCAGAAAACACGACAAUAUAUGUUUAUUUGAGAUACGAGCGCCACCAAACGUCUAUAUGAGUGUAUGUCUAUUUGAAAAGCGCCACCAAACGUCUAUUCGAGUCAUAACACGACAUAAAAUGUCUAUUUGAGACAACCUCUAUUUAUGCGGAAAUAACCGCCCAUAUACUAGGCCUACAGUAUUACACAUAUUACGAGAGGCCUUUUGCUCAGGCGCCCUUCAACCGGUUAUAAAUAGCGUCUACAGUAGCAAUGGAUGGUACAGAGAAUUUGGGGGCGGGUUAGGAGUCCACCAGUAUCGUUCUUGUAAACAACAAAGCGAUGACAUAUCUAUUCCUCAUGCCACCUUUUCACAUUCGUUGCGACAUGACAGCAGCAGCGCUUGAUUGUUAUUUUGUCACAUUCCGCUUCGUCACAUUCCGACUAUAUUGUAUAUCUGUCAAAAAAUUAGUACAUAGACAAAUGAACGUUAAAUUGUGCAAAUGGUCAGACUAGAGAACUGGAAUUUACAUAUUUCUCACCCCUGAAUAUAAUUAAUUGUCUAUUUGAUAUUUGCUGUAUUGGCUACAAACUUCAGGCAAAUGUCGAAUAUUUUCGAUCAGGCAACACUUUCGAUGAAAAGGGUAGAGUCCAUUGUGCUCACCGUAUAGAUAUUUGGUGGUAAGUAUUCAUGCUGGUUAGGGAAAAAAAGCUACAUGUAUAAUAGGCCAAAUCAACGUCGGUAUGACAUGUGAUGUAUCAUUGCUUGGAGUACCUAUUAUUGAAAACAAGUAACUAAUACGGCUUUCAUUGAUACGGAAGCAUGCUAAAAUACCAAACUGCUUUCGCAAAGAUCGAUCUGUCAAUGGAGAGAGAAAGGAC